UGGUGUGGUAGGAGCGGCGGCCAUCUUGUGGAGAGAGCGGUGUUUCCGGCUGGUUCUAGGGGUUUAUUUGCCGCUUCGAAAGUUGUUACCUCUUUUAUAUAUAAUAAGUGUUUAAGGCUUUUGAUACACUUAACAUUUACAAUGACGGAAAGACAACUAGACUGUGCGUUAGAUUUAAUGCGACGGCUGCCUCCUCAACAAAUAGAGAAGAACCUUAGUGAUCUAAUUGAUUUGGUUCCUAGUCUUUGUGAAGACUUGUUAUCAUCUGUUGAUCAACCACUUAAGAUUGCUAGGGAUAAAACCACAGGCAAAGAUUAUCUUCUUUGUGAUUACAAUAGGGAUGGCGAUUCCUACAGAUCACCAUGGAGUAAUUCUUAUGACCCUCCUUUGGAUGAUGGUGCAGUGCCCUCUGAUAGGUUAAGGAAACUUGAGAUGGAGGCUAACUCCGCCUUUGAUCAGUACAGAGAAAUGUAUUAUGAGGGUGGAGUGUCAUCAGUUUACCUCUGGGAUUUAGAUCAUGGAUUUGCUGGUGUUAUUUUGAUCAAGAAAGCUGGGGAUGGUUCUACAAAGAUCAGAGGUUGCUGGGAUUCCAUUCAUGUUGUGGAGGUUCAGGAGAAGAGCAGUGGCCGACAAGCUCAUUAUAAGCUCACAUCAACUGCCAUGCUUUGGCUUCAGACAAACAGGGCUGGAUCAGGUAUAAUGAAUUUAGGAGGAAGCUUGACAAGACAGGUUGAGCAGGACAGUUCAGUGAAUGAUGCUAGUCCACAUAUUGCCAACAUUGGUAGAAUGGUGGAGGACAUGGAAAACAAGAUGAGGAAUACUCUGAAUGAUAUAUACUUUGGCAAAACAAAGGAUAUAGUUAAUGCCUUGCGGAGUGUGAAUAGCCUUGCUGACCAAGGAAAACAGAAACAAUUGCAACAAGAACUCUUUGGUGUUCUCAAGAACCGCCAAAAGUAGUUUUAUACACUUAGCAACUUUCUCUUUGAUAAAUCACUGCAAUGAUCUUCAAUUUGUGAUGUGAAAAUUAAUUAGUUACAGGGGAUUUCUAAAAUCCUCAGAACUUUUGUAUAAUUUUCUGGUAUCACUAUCAAUAUUUUUCACAAA